AUGUUCGGCUGCCCGUACCGCUCGCUUGGCCAGUGGGCGUUCUUCCCCACCUGCGACCCCACCACCCACCACCCCACUGUCCCCACCCACGACGACUGCGCGACAACCGUCAACCUCACCUGCAUCCCACUGCACGCUCUCGUCUUUCCCAUCCUCUCUCUAACUCUUGCGUGGCUGCUCACUGCCCGCCGCACCGCCUACCCACCUUGCAGUCCGCUCGUGCUCGUGGCCCUCCAGUGCCUCCCCCUUCUUGCUGGCAGUGCUGGCGGUCUGGUCCUCAUCCUCGCUGCACAGAGAGCCCCACACGCUGCUCUGUCUCCCUUGGUUCUCGUCAUUGGUUUGCUGGGCACUGUCCCGCUCGCAGUCACAAUGUUUGGUAAAGUCCCUUCUGUCGUCCCCAUCACACACCAGGCCACACCCGACACUAUUGGAAAGGACAGCAGCAUCGUCACCAACGGAUUCGCCACCGGCCCUGCCAUGCACCUCCACGGCGAGUCAUGCCCCCACCUGCCUCACUCUUCUGCGUCGUCGGCCUGUUCGACACUGUCCAAGGCUUCAACAAAGACCUGGCCUUCGUCUCGUAACACCAACACGCCCUCGUCGGUCGACCUCACGUCCCCGAUGGGUUCAGCGGACGCGUCAAUGGUCUGCCUGCUCCCACUCCGGUCGUCUCUGCCCAACCUGGACAUCGUCGAUUCGCCUUCCUCCGUGUCCACUCUGUCGGCUUCUUCCCCCCUGUCCGCUGCCAGCUACACGCCAUGCACACCGAGCAACACGCCAGCCUCGUCGGCGGCCUCUGUCUCCACUGGCUCCCCCAGCCCUAUCCCCCACCGCACGCCCACGCUCGAGCUCGCUCUCGAAGACGAGUUUGUGCGCCUCGUCGUGCGCUCCGCCUCGGUCCACCACAUCAGCACGUCCGCGUCCAAGAUUGUCAAUGCCGCCACCAUCACCACCACCAGCAGCGUCCCCGACGUGGCCCCACGCUGGCCCACCGAGUGGCCUGUGUACUGGGAGGGUGCGGGCCUCGGCUCGUGGUGA